UCUCCCGGGUGUUGUGCCGUGCCACGUUGUCUGGAAAUGGCUGGAAGCAUCCGAGGUCCUGAACGGAGGAUCGUCCUGAUGGGCAAAACCGGCAAUGGGAAGAGCGCGACGGGAAACACCAUCCUCGGGGGCCACAUCUUCGAAUCGAAGAUGUCUUUCGGUUCCGGCACCAAGUGUUGCCAAAGGGAGGAGACGAUGGUGAGCGGCCGGAAGGUGGUGGUGGUCGACACGCCGGGCUUCCUCGACACCGGGCAUCGCAAGUCAGAAACGGCGGCCGAAGUGAAGAAGUGCGUGAAGUUUUGCACCCCGGGCCCGCACGUCAUCCUGCAGGUAAUCCGCCCGGGCCGUUUCACCCAGGAGGAGGAAGAGGUGGCUCAGCUGAUCAAGGAGAUCUUCAGCCUCAACGCCAAGAAGUACAUGAUCCUCCUGUUCACCCGGAAGGAGGACCUGGAAGGGAAGACGCUCGACCAGUUCAUCUCCGAGGGGAACUGCACCCUGAAGGAGCAGGUGUACCUGUGCGGGAAACGCUACCUGGCUUUCAACAACAAGGCCGAGGGGGCGGAGCGAGAGGCGCAGGUGGCCCAGCUGAUGGAGAUGAUUGAUGAGCUGGUGAAGAGGAACCGGAGUGCGCCUUGUUACACGGAGGAGAUGCUGGCGGCCGACAAGGAGAACUUCAAGAGCAGACUGGACCUUUCCUGGUUGUGUCCUUUCCUUUACGAUUCUCCCGGGUGUUGUGCCAUACGACGUCUGGAAAUGGCUGGAAGCAUCCAAGGUCCCGAACGGAGGAUCGUCCUGGUGGGCAAAACCGGCAACGGGAAGAGCGCGACGGGAAACACCAUCCUGGGAAGCACUGUCUUUAAAUCGAAGGUGUCUUCCGUUUCCGUCACCAAACGUUGCCAAAAGGAGGAGACGCAGGUGAACGGCCGGAAGGUGGUGGUGGUCGACACGCCCGGCUUCCUCGACACCAGGUGUUGCAAGUCAGCAACGGCGGCCGAAGUGAAGAAGUGCGUGAGCUUUUGCACCCCGGGCCCGCACGUCAUCCUGCAGGUGAUGCACCUGGGCCGUUUCACCCAGGAGGAGCAGGACGUGGCUCAGCUGAUCAAGGAGAUCUUCAGCCUCAACGCCAAGAACUACAUGAUCCUCCUGUUCACCCGGAAGGAGGACCUGGAAGGGGAGGCGCUCGACCAGUUCAUCUCCGAGGGGGACCGCGCCCUGAAGGAGCAGGUGAAACUGUGUGGGGACCGCUACCUGGCUUUCAACAACAAGGCCCAAGGGGCGGAGCGAGAGGCGCAGGUGGCCCAGCUGAUGGAGAUGAUUGACGGGCUGGUGAAGGAGAACCGGGACGCGCCUUGUUACACGGAGGAGAUGCUGGUGGCCGACAAGGAGAGCUUCAAGAGCAGACUGGACCUUUCCUGGUUGUGUCCACUUCUUUAAGGGACGCCGGAAAAAAUCUCCAUGACGGCAACUCUGGAAAGGGUCCCUGCUCUGCUACUCCCUCCCU